GCAAUAUGAACAAAUAACUCUUCUGAUUUCGCAAACAAGUUACUAAAUAUGACUAAAAGGUAGCAAAACACAUAUGAGCAUUUUGAAAUUGUAUUAGGCAAUUAAUUUUGACAAUUCUUAAACGCCCCGUUGAUCCUGUAAAAAUUGGGGAGUUUGUUUAGCUCAUUAUCUCAUUAUUAUGAGCCUUGGCAUUUCCUUGAAGGUUAUGAAGAAAUUUCUAGGAUAUUUUUUUAUUGACAGAAUGCAUUCAUUUGAAAAGUUUGAAUAUUUGCAUCAUUAAUUGAAAUGCAGUAUUGUUUCAUCUUUAUCAUUAAGGUUGUUGUGAAUUGGGUUUGAGAACAUCCUUAGUGCAUAGGCCUAGUAUUUGAAUGUUCAUUCGGAGUAUAAAUGUUUUUCAAUGAAAUAUAUAUCAAUGAAUAAAAAGAAGUCAUUAAAUAAGAAGCAUUCGUCAAGCUUCAAGCUCUCGUAGUUGUCUUUUUGUUGGUUUAGAAUAACUGGGGUCUUGUAUUUUUUGAUGUGCCUUAUUAACAGGAAAUUCGCUGUAGUCUGAAUGUUAUUAUCCCCCUUAGAUAAAGUUCUUCACGUUGGAGGUAUAAUAACAUUUCUAAAAUGGCGUCGACUAGUGUAAGUAGUAGUGUACCUGGUCCAUCCUCAUCUAAACCAACAGCUAAAGAACGAAUGAAUAGACUCAGAGAACUGGAACUUCGCAUGAAUGAGGCUCGUAAGUUAAAUCAUGUAGAAGUUGUAGCUGAAGAUGAAAGAAAGAAAAGACCAGCCAAUUAUGAUGCUAAAAUAAAACGUACAGAAUGGGAAGAUGAACAAGAGAGGGCAAGAGAGGAAUGUGUGAAGAAAGGAGAGAACUAUGAUAGAGUUAAAUUAUUAGAUUGGGGAGCAGAUGAAGUAGAGAGAUGGGACAAAAAGAAGAAAAAGAAAAAUCCUGAUGUUGGUUUUUCUGAUUAUGAACAGGCAACACAUAGACAGUAUUCUGGAUUAACAAAGAAAAUUAAACCAGACAUGAGACAGUAUGACAGACAGAAAGAAAAGCUAGGAGAAGAUUUUUACGCUAACUCCAAUACACUUGGUUUACAUCAUCAGAAAGAUUCAGAAGACGCUGUCAAUAGAAUGGUAGAAGAUUUAGAAAAACAGAUUGAUAAAAGAUCUAAAUAUAGUAGAAGAAGGCAAUUUGAUGAAGAUGCUGAUAUUGAUUAUAUUAAUGAAAGAAAUAUGAAAUUCAAUAAGAAAUUGGAGAGAUUCUAUGGUGAUUAUACAUCAGAAAUCAAACAGAAUUUAGAGAGAGGAACAGCUGUUUGAAUAUUAUUUGUCUACCUGGAAUUUUAAAAGUGUAAUUAUAAGAUAGCUGGACAUGUUAUGGAAAAAUGUUGGUAUAUAAUAUAAUUGGAAAACUUGCAAUGUAAACAUGUUGGUCUAUAAUUCAACUGAAGGAAUACUUGCACUGUUAAAUGUUGGUGUAUAAUUCAACUGGAGUUGUAAACAUUUUGGUAUAUCUUUUAAAACUGGAAAAAUUGGCACAGCUAUAAGUUGGUCCUUAUGGAAGAUAAAUUGUCAUUUGCAUAUUACGUAAUUGGUUCCAUGUAAAUCUUGCCCUUGAACUAACAUUUGGUCUUAACAAGAAAACUAAUUAGUCCACUUAGUAAUUAGUGAGUAAUUCAACGAUUGAGUUAAAUCAACGAUUAAGUUAAAGUACUUUGAUUUGGUUUUAUUAUUUCUAUAAUAGUAAAUAGACAUGUGUGUAUAUAAAGAUAAUGUAUAUAAAUAAAAUGUGUAUAAAUAUUAGAUUAUGAAAAGUG